CUGCGAGAUGAACGGCCUCCAAACGCGAGCCCUGUGGCACUCUUUGAACGCUUCCUGCGUGUCUUCUGGCGGCUCAUUCCUGCUCGAGUCACUCGAGACAGGGGAUCACGUGGGAUGCUGUGGCUCCUUGUGAUUGGCUGGUUGCUGGAAUUAGUCAUACUACCAGGUCAGCAGCCACUGCCACUAGACCAGAUCGGGCCUAGCACCACUCUCCACCGCCCUUACAUAUUGACUUCGCGGGGCUGCAGCCUUCCAUAUGAGCGACCAUCCCAUCGACUCUCUCUCAAUCUCACCCGCACUGCUUCUCAUCGUCUCCCAUAAAUCGAACUCAUUUGCACGCUUCUCACAAACCAAGUUUCUGCAUCCAUCAUCGCCACCCUCGUCUCUACUUUCGAACCCAUCCAGCCCAUCCCCGUUCACAUCCGCGAUUUAAAUCGACUACGUCAGCCCGUUAUCCACCAUGCGCUCCAAGUUCAAGGACGAGCAUCCCUUCGAAAAGCGCAAGGCCGAAGCUGAGCGCAUCCGCCAGAAAUACGCAGACCGCAUUCCAGUAAUCUGCGAGAAGGUUGAAAAGUCGGACAUUGCAACCAUCGAUAAGAAGAAAUACCUCGUCCCAGCAGAUCUCACGGUGGGCCAGUUCGUAUAUGUGAUUCGCAAGCGCAUCAAGUUGUCACCCGAGAAAGCCAUCUUCAUCUUCGUCGAUGAGGUGUUGCCGCCCACCGCUGCCCUGAUGAGCAGCAUCUACGAGGAGCACAAAGACGACGAUGGAUUCCUGUAUAUUACAUACUCUGGCGAGAAUACGUUCGGAAACUAAGUUCGGGGCUUCCGGAUUUUGAAAUAAUCAAAUUAGCUCGCAAUCCUAGUGUGUACGGGGAAGCGCCAAGAAUCCCGGUUUUUAUUCGAUGGCUCUGAAGUAUUAAUAUCAAGAGUGUUAAUGGAUUUGGUCUUCUUCGGCACCCCUAUCCUUCUCCCAGCAUACUUCCCACCCUUUUUGGACUCGUUCUUCCUGGGACAAAAUACAUAAGAAAUCGGAAUGACUGCGGUGCUUGGUGUUCUGCUUGCUUGCAACGGCGUUUUUGCUGUGAGUUAACGUCUGCUUUGCUUUGAUUGCAUCAUCACUCAAUGGACCCGACCAAAGUUGUGGUCAAGAUGUUUGGUGGUGCAAGAUUGAGUCAUUUCUGGUAGUGGUUCAUUUUGUCAGGUUUGUGAUUAGUAUGAUAAUGAACAUGGUUGUCUGCACAUUAUGAUUAUUUUUAUAUCUAAAUGGAACUAUGUUCCAAACCUCC